AUGACUGUCAUGAAAUCUCACAAAAUCUACACACUGGCUCAACUUCAAUCAGGACAAAUUGUCUUCAAGAGUAAAUUAAGAGAUGAAGUUCCAAAAUGUGGCAAGCAUCAAGAUCAGAAUCUCAAUGUCUACUGCAACUCAUGUGAGCAAGUCAUAUGCACAACUUGCUCUGUACUUGAUCAUGCAAAACACUCACUCAUUGGAUUACCUGCGGCUGCAGAGAAAUGUAAGAAGAAGGUCAGAGAAAUGGUCCAAAAAAGUGAGAGAAGAAAAACAGAAUUGAGCACCACCAUAGAAGAGACAAGCAAAUCUCGCAAAGAUCUGGACACCAUGUUUGCCAACACUCAAAAGAAAAUCUCAAAAAAGGCUCAACAGGAGAUUACAAAGCUCAAACAGGAGGUUGCAAAGAUCAAAAAGGAGAUUGCAAAGAUCCAAAAUGAAGAACAGAAAUUGUUGCAAGCGACAGACAUGAUUUAUAAAGACAAACUAAAAACCUUUGAAGCUGUUCAAGCAACCAACAGGAAAGAGGUGACACACACAGAGCACAAGCUGGAGGAGGGGGGUUGCCCUACUGGUGUGAGCUGUGAUAGUGAUGACAGCAUCUAUGUUGCUGUGGGCAGAUAUCAAACAGGUGAUAUUCUGCAUUACAGUCCUGAUGGCAAGUACAUUGGAUGUGUGAUCAAGGGAUGUGGUUAUCCACGUGGCAUCACAUUCACAUCAAAUGGUGAUCUGGUAGUGGCUACAGGACAAUCUGUACAGGUCUAUCACGGAGUUUAA